GCCCACCGCCGUCCCCCGUCCGGUGGUUAUAAGAGACGCCUCUCCGGCCCAUUUCCCCUCUUCUUCUUUUCUCUUCCACUUCCCAACCACUCCCUCCGCGUCGAUCGAUCCGGCAGCUCGACGAGACAGAGACAGAGAGAGAGCCAAGCCAAGGAAGGGACGGUUCGCGGGGGGAAGCAGUCGCAGAGCAGGAGCGGAGCUGACGCGGCGGCGGGGGCGGAGGCGAGACGGCGGGGAGGCAUGGACGGGCACGGCGGCGGGGGCGGUAAGCUGACGCGGACGCCGUCGUCGCUGCUCCGGUCUCCCACCGUCCGCGCGGGCCCCGGCGGCGCCGCGUCCUUCCACGCGCUGGACGAUCCGGAGCCCGACGACAAGAAGGCGCAAGCGCCGCUGCUGGGCAGCAAGCCCCGGGCGCUGCUCCGCCAGGCCCACCACCGGCUCCGCCCCGGCCCGGCGCAGUCCGCGCUGCUCCUCCUCCUCCUCCUGGUCCUCGCGCUCGCCGCGCUGCUCCUGCGCGGCGGGGGCCACCACCUCGCUCUCCUGGCGGCCGCGGCGGGGCUCGCGCUCGCCGCCGCGGCUGCCGUCGCGCGGCGGACCCGCAGCGCCCGGGGUCCGCGCGCGCGCCCGGCGGCGCUCGCGGCAUCCGUGCAGUGGUUCAUCGGCGAGGGCGACGGCGAGGAGGUGCAGCAGCAGCAGCGGGAAAAGAAGGGGGGCAGGCGCGGCGUGGAGGUGUGGGAGGGCGUCGAGUUCUACAGCAACGGGGACCGCUACGAGGGGGAGUUCCACGGGGGCCGCUGCAGCGGCAGCGGCGUGUACAGCUUCUUCGGCAAGGGCAAGUACGAGGGCGACUGGGUGGACGGCAAGUACGACGGCCACGGCGUCGAGAGCUGGGCGCGCGGCAGCCGGUACCGCGGCCAGUACCGCCAGGGCCUCCGCCACGGCCACGGCGUCUACCGGUUCUACAGCGGCGACUGCUACGCCGGCGAGUGGGCUGGUGGCCAGAGCCACGGCAUCGGCGCCCAGACCUGCUCUGACGGCAGCACGUACGCCGGUGAGUUCAAGGGCGGCGUCAAGCACGGCCUCGGCUGCUACCAUUUCAGGAAUGGCGAUCGGUAUGCAGGGGAGUACUUCGCAGACAAGAUCCACGGUUUCGGCGUGUAUAGCUUCGCCAAUGGACAUAGCUACGAGGGCUCUUGGCACGAAGGAAAGAAACAGGGGUUUGGGAUGUACGCGUUUCGGAAUGGGGAUGAACGAGCCGGGGAGUGGGAUUCUGGAAUUCUGAAGAACUCCUUGCCUCUGUCAGACCCAGCUGUUCAGCGUGCUCUACAGGCUGCUCGAAGGGCUGCAGACUGCGCCUUCCACCUCCCAAGAGUAGAAGAGCAGGUGAACAAGGCCGUCAUGGCUGCAAACAGAGCGGCCACAGCUGCCCGUGUCGCCGCGAUCAAGGCAGUGCAGAAUAGGAUAGAUGGCAAGCUAUGUUUCAUCAACGUGUGAAGUGAGUUCCAAGAACUGCGCCCUUCUUCACUUGUAAACUGUAUAUUAGAGUAGCCACCAAGAGUGGCAAUAACUAGUUGCUGAGGUUCGCGACCGGAGCAGCACAACCGCAUGCUCCGUGUUGGAGUGAUAAAUCAGUAUGGUUGGGCGGCAGCCACCAAAGGGUUGAGCUGCUGCUGUUUUCAUCAAGAGGUUGUUCACGUCGUGCUGGAAUGGAUCGCUGAGAGCAAGGUCACCCUGUUCUGUUCCUCUUCCUCCUUGUGCAAACUGUAAGUUGUAGAUAGCUCCAUGCCUCCACUCAUCCAUGUGUAUCAAUGGUGGUCGGUGGAGAUGAUCUAUCUACCAGUGCCUUUCUACUUUUUUUUGCUGCGCCCCGUACUGGAUGUGCAUUGUACAUGUACUUUGUUCUCUUGCUCGGAUCAGAUGUUUCAAUGGCAAAUCUUGCCGGUUUGAACUUGUGGCGCCAUGUGCAGGGAUUCUCCAUUUGUUAAUCGUACUUGAGGAUGCACAUGGGUGAUUAUAAUCUCAUAUCAUGCAGCCUCUGAUCUGCUGAUCCA